AUGUACCCCGUCAAGCGCUUUUCCCCCAACGCCGACCCUCUGCUGAUCCAGCAAUACUUGAAGGCAGAUGGCGUGGUCAUCAUCGAGGGCCUUGCCAUGCGUCAGGUGCUCGACGACGUUCUCUCCGAGCUGCCUGCUGAAGCAAAGACCCAACCCGAGACGUUCGGUCUCGCCUCCAAGAGCAAGACUUUCGCCACAGAGCUCAUGAUGCAACCGGUCUACCUUGACCUCGUGCGCCGUAUUCUUAUCGACGCCUGCAUCAUCUACUACGAGCAGGACAGGACCGUGUCUGUUGCCGAGCCCCAGCUCUCCCAGGCGUGGUCCAUCGCCGCCCAGCCCGGAUCGUCCGGCUGGGGUCUGCGGAGGCAAGACGAGUGCCACCACGUUAAGCACCCCGCAAAACGGGAGGCCGACUUUGGCAUUCUUUACGCUGCGACCGACAUCACCAAGGAGAACGGCGCCAUCAGGGUGGCUGUUGGUUCCAACAACUGGCUGGACACUCGCGACCCCAAGCCCGAGGAGGAGACUCUCAUUGAGCUGCGCAAGGGCGACGCCCUUCCCUGCACUGGGUCAACCUUCUACGGUCAGGCUCCCAACACCACCGACACGCCCAGUAUUCUCCUAGGCGCCUUUUCCACGCCGGGCUACCUCCGCCAGCAAGAAAACCAGUACCUUGCUGUUCCCUGGGAGGUUGCCGAGAAGUACCCCCUCGAGGUGCAGAAGUUCCUUGGCUACUCCAUCAGCCGGCCAUACGGAGGAUCCAUCGAGCACAUGGAACCCUACGAAUACCUGAAGGUCAAGAGAGACCCCACGAAGUACGUUUGCGGUGAUAUUAUUUAA